AUGGACGAGUUCAAGGUUCGAACUAUCGACCUGCAACAGGUGCAAAACCAGACUCGCCACAGAACCGAUGGUCUGAGCUCCAGCACUCUGGUUCUGCGGAGAGGACAGGCCUUCACAGUGACAGUAAACUAUGAUGGACGACCAUUCGAUUCACUGAAGGAACAACCGAUCUUCCGAAUUGAUUCAGGCCCAUUGUAUGUGGAGGCUCCGGUCUCUGAGUCCAGACACCCCUCUCUGACCCAGUGGACAGCGGUUCUGGAGAAGUGCAUAGUGAACCCAACUGGACACCGUGCAUUGUCAGUAUCACUGUCCAGUCCUGCGUCUGCUCCUAUUGGUGCCUACACGCUUCAGCUGAGAGUGCAUACCCGCCUGAGUGUGAUAACAUACUUUCUUGGCCAUGUCACGCUCCUCUGUAACCCCUGGUGCCCAGCUGAUUCAGUGUUCCUGCAGUCUGAGGAUUUGAGGACUGAAUAUGUCAUGAGUGAUAUUGGCCUGCUUUUUAAAGGCAGCACCGGGAACAUUGUCCCCCAAUCCUGGUCAUUUGAUCAGUAUGAAAAAGGGAUACUGGACAUCUGUAUGAAAUUGCUGCAGUUGAGUCCUCAACAUCAAGCAGAUAUGGGUAAAGAUCUACUGAAUCGCAGCAGUCCAGUGUACAUCGGCCGUGUGAUCUCAGCGAUGGUGAACUGCAAUGAUGAUAAAGGGUUAUUAAUGGGAAAGUGGUCAGGUGACUACAAAGAUGGUGUCAACCCUUCAAAGUGGUCUGGCAGUGCAGAUAUUCUCAGGAUGUGGGCAGAAACACAAUUCAGGCCUGUGAAAUACGGACAGUGCUGGGUGUUUGCUGCUGUCAUGUGUACAGUAAUGAGAGCCCUUGGCAUUCCGACACGAGUCGUCACCAACUUCAACUCCGCUCACGACACAGAUGGAAAUAUGAUGAUUGAGGAAUAUUACAAUGAGAUGGGGGAAAAACUGUCCAUGAGCAGGGAUAGCAUCUGUAAAGGUGAACUUCAGGUUUUUCAGGAACUGCAGGUUCUCGACCCCACGCCACAAGAGAGGAGCGCAGGAAUGUUCCGCUGUGGUCCUGCUGCUGUUAAAGCCAUUUAUGAGCAGAGGGUGGAUGCUCAAUACGACGUGCCAUUCGUUUACGCAGAAGUGAAUGCUGAUGUGUGUACAAUAAUCAUCAGAAAUGGGAAAGUAUUAUCAACCAGCAUUGAUAAACGCAGAGUUGGUGCUCUGAUCUCCACCAAACGUCCAGGAUCCAUGAGUAUGCAGAACAUCACGUCUGAAUACAAAACUGAGGAGGAGAGAUGUUGUGGAUCAUUGGCUGGUGUUGCAGGAAGAAGCGUUACUUGCCAUUCUCAACCUCAAAAUGCUAUGUUCAUGGAUUCUAGGGGUGUUGAAGUUUCUCUCCAGCUUCUGAAAGCCCCUGUAGUGGGAGAAAACAUUUCUUUUAACGUCAUAAUCACUAACAAUGAUGCUGCUGUAAAACUGCUGAAAAAACACGUGAACGCUCAGAACAAGGAGUACAACCGCAAUCCCACUGGAAGCUUUUGGGAGUCUCAUGAUGACAUGAAGAUCGGCCCGAAAGAAACUGUGACUAUAAAACAUGAGAUCUCCUUCAAGGAGUACAUGCUGAAGGAGACUGCAGAGGAUUCUCUGGUUAACCUGGCUGUGGUUAUUGAGGAUGUGAAGUCUCAGGAGAGAGUGCUGGCUUCAGAAGAGUUCAACAUCCGCACCCCUUCCCUCAAUAUACAGAUUCAGAAUGAGGUCUCUGUCACCAUUAACACACCACAAGUUGCCACGGUGAUCUUCACAAACCCAUUCAGCUUUGCAGUGAGAGGAGAACUGACCGUAUCAGGUUCAGGACUCUUGGAGGAGAAGGCUCAAAUGAGGAUUACAAUCCAACCCCGAGAAACCACAAAGAAGCCCGUCAGUUUCACUCCCAGGAUGGCGGGUGCCAAGAUGCUUUCUGCUAAUUUAGUGUUGGAGAAUCCUCCCACCAUCCUGCAUGGAUUCAAGACCAUCAAUGUUCAAGCAUCUUAAGAGUCACACACUUUUAGAAAUAAUUGUGAAGCCUCAUGGAGUGCUGCACUAGUGGUUGAAACACAUUUAGAAAUUGAUUGCUUUCUAAUCCUUUUUUAUUUAUGUCACUGUGAAAUCUGACUUGAUUCACUGACUUGUUUUCAAGAUUAUUUAGGCACAAGCCUGAAAAUAAAGCAUUUCCAUGCCUUAUCCAUGUUUGUGAUCUGUUCA